AUGAGUCUCGCGACUAAUCAUGUCAACAACCACAGGAUCAGAUCAGUCCCCUGGAACAAUGUCUUCUACUGGCUUUAUGCAACGAUAAAGCGAGAGAUACAACUAUCAUACUCAUUCAUGGAAAGCAACUUUGACGCAGCUUUUGUCCCUUUCCCCAUAUUCACUACCGCUUCGUUACUAUACCGGAGAGCAACAUAUGAAGAAGCCGUAUCUUCUCUCGCCAAUACACUGCUCUACGGUUUCUUCUUCUACUACAGCACCGAACUAGCAAACAAUGCCGACGGAGGCAUAUUUGAAGACGAGAUUAACAAGCCAAACCGACCAAUAGUGCAGUCCCAGACUACCGUGGCUGCAGCAAAACUACGAUUCUAUAUCGCAUCAGCAACGUGGCUCUUAUUAAGCUACAUCCUAGACGUCUACAUCUGGUCUCUGCUCUGGAUAGCUGUCCUCGUUUCCCACUAUCUGCUACGAGUAUCCAGAAUAGGACCGGCAAAAGAUCUCUGCAUCGUUCUAGGUGUCACUUCCCAGCUCAUGGCCUGUUGGAAGUUGGGUGGCUCCGACAUGUAUGAUGGCUGGAGAUGGGUCAAAUUGAUUAUUAUUUGGAUUUUCUUCACCGUUCCUAUUCAGGAUUUUCGUGAUGUUCCUGGUGAUAUGGCUGCUGGGCGGAGAACGACUCCUAUCCUGUUGGGGGAUAUUCCGGCCCGAAUAUAUGCAUCGACGGGACUAAUUACAACUGAGUACAUCCUCAUCACCCACAGAGUCUUCGAGUUCGGGUACACUCUGCCCACGGUACUUAUGACCAGCCUCAUAAGCCUACUCACUCUUGGUCUCAUUUACCGAUUGACCCGACUUAGGACAAUCGAGCAUGACCGAGUUUCAUAUAGGUGGUACAUCGCGCUGUAUAACUUGAUUCUACUCACCGCGUUUAAUCGCAUUCUUCUAUGGGAAUGUGGUGGAUCCCGAGCUUUACAUGUAACAGAUGCGACCCUAGAUCCUCUAGACAUGGUGCACGUGGAGUACCCAUGUGACCUUCAGGAGCUAGAGCCAGGCGGUUCCAUAACCUACUGUCACAGUCUUCCACGCAGGUACAGGGAGCAGCUGGAACCAGGCGAAACUUACGAGCUGGUCUGGACCGGUACAAAGAUUCCUUUGUGGGACUGGGGAGUCCCUAGUGACUAUAUGGGGUCCCGCCUGACUGCUAAUCCGACACAGUCGGAUUUGAUUAUACCGGGAGGUCCACGUGUUACGUUUACAUAUGAGCAGAUAGAGUCUCCGGCCUUCAUUCGCCGGCAAUCCACCCCACCAUUACUGCUAUCAGACCGUGUACAGGGCGCCCCCAUACUGAGCGUAGAGCUCUCCGGUCCGAAGAUAAUUGCCCCCGAGGGAAAACACUAUGCAUCGUUGUAUGUUCGCUACCAUGGUGGCCCCACAGAUCAGCCGAUAAUAUUCCGUAACCAUGUGAUCUGGGAGCUGCUUCGCUCCUAUCGUCUGGAGAGCGGGUUGUGGGAGCUUCAGGAGGGCCCCUGUGGAUGUUCUGGGCUGUUUCUGGAUGAUCCUAAUGUCACAGUCAAUGUGGUGGAGGACGAAGGCUUCAUUACUCUUAAGCCGGGAGAAUACUGGAGUCCCUCAUGGAUAAUUUUAGAAGACAUCUAUGGUUGGGAAGUAGGAGAUAUAUGGCGUUAUCGCUUCAAGGGUGGUACAGUGGACUGGUGGGACUACGGGGGAGUGGACGAACAUGCCGACACAAAUGUCCAGAUACCACCGCAUCCUUGGGGGAAGGUGACUGAUCCGGCGGACAAUGGGGGUCGACCUCAGCUUGUAAUACCGGCGUCAAAUGCGAUUGAGUUUCGCAUUGUAGAGAAAGAAUAA